GUGAUCUUGAAGUCCAAAAUACCCCUCCGUUACCACCCACACACUGUACAAUGUUGAGAAAAUCUGCUGAAAAGCUCAUCAAGUCGCUUCCUACGCUUGCGGAAACCCCAAACAAAUACAACAAGGUCCGUUCUGCGUGGAACUUGAAGCCAAACUUGCCUCAAGGUUUGUACCACCACCCAGCGCCAUCUGCCAAGUCGCCGUUGUAUGAAACGCCAAACGCCUUCCUCCCGGAAUCAGACCCAAGGAAGAAUUUGCCACACAUUUUGAAGUCGUAUGAGUUCUCACAGGAAGCCUUGAGCAACAUGCCGCUUCUCCAGGACGAUGUUGCUUCCCGUCCCCAGUAUCACUUGACCGCCGAGCAUGUUGCUGAGAUCCAAUCCUUGAGAGCCCAGGACCCAGAAGCCUGGUCCUUCACCAAGUUGGCCAAGAAGUUCGACACCACCGUUUAUUUCAUCAGAAUUGCCAUCGCCAAUAUGGACAAGAGCUUGGGUAGGCAGAAGGCUGCCGCGCCUGUGACUGCCGACUCUGAAAAGACCAAGUAUGAGUUGAAGAGAGAGUUGAUUAACCAUCACAGAAAACUCAGACGCGAAGCGUGGUUGAGAGAUGAAUAAAUGUCUCGGGACAUUUGAGAGGGCGUGUCCUCCGUGUAUAAUUAUGUUAAGCCACCGUUUACGUGGAGUGUAUAUAGUAAUGUGAUUUCAAAGCAUAGGAAGUUGU